GGUCGCUUUGAUGUCAGAUGCGGACGAGGAGCGUCAGAAUGAACUGACGGCAUUAGAAUCUAUUUAUGAGGACAAAUUGAGAAUACUUCGAAACGACGGACUUCAGAGGUUUGAAGUCUGCCUCCUGGGACGUGGCGAAGCGGAUGCCGCUGUUUCGUGCGAAUGCACUAUCGUUUUCGAAUACACUGAACGAUAUCCUCACGAAAAGCCCAUUUACGAUAUUUGCAAUGUCAAAGGGCUCACAUCGGAUCAAGUAGGAGAACUGCAUCGUUCGCUUGAUUCGGUGGCGCAACGUUCCCUUGGAUACAUAAUGAUAUUUGAUAUGCUUUCAGAAGUACAAGAACGGUUGAAUUUUACGUGCGAACGUCGGCUAGCGAUGCAAGCCAAGGCAGAUGAAGCUAAACGAAAGGCACUGGAGUUAGAAGAAGAGGCCAGACUCCUUGGUGAUCGAGUCACGGUUGAAUCGUUUAUGGAAUGGAACGAGAAAUUCAAAGCUGAAAUGGCAUCUUUGAAGGAAAAAGUGGAAGUCGAUGAGAACGUAACAAAACGGUUGACUGGCCGUGAAUUAUUUUUACGGGAUAAUCGUUAUGAUGAUUCGGACGUUGCAUUUUUGGCGGAAAAUGGUGAGGCUAUCGAGAUCGAUGAUCGCCUCUUCGCCGACAUUGCUGAUCUCGAUUUAUCUGAUGAUUCCCUAGGGGACAGUGAACCAACUCCCAUUCGAGCAUGACUUGUACAUUAUUAUUACCUCAGAUCCACUUCUCCAAUGUCUUUGCUGAAAUCUUCAUUUUUUGCUUAAAACACUUGUGUUCUGUUCCAUGAUUUGGCUUUCCAUUUUUUGACGAUGAAUUUGUCCUGAUCUGGUCCAGAACUAUAUGGUCAGUAACCUGCCAGUAGUGGUAUUCUUUAUUAUUUCCCCCAAAAUCAAUUGACCCG